AUGCGUCUCCCUUUCACGUCCGUUCUCGACAGCUGGCACCCACGACGCAACCGUACCCAGGCGACUUUCAGGCUCGAAAUUCUCCCCCUGGAGCUCCUCGAGAUCGUCUUCCAGUUUGCGUGCACACACGGCGGUCGUACGGGAUGCAACCUUGUCCUCGUAUCCAAGUAUAUACGCGUCACGUCCCGCGCCUUCCGCUUUCACUCUGUUUCCCUGCUCGGUGGCAUCGGCGUCCAACUCCAUCGCUUCAUGCUUGCUCUCCAUAGGUCACGCGUAGAAGCACGCGCAGAGGGCGCGCCAAUACCCCGUGUGCGCCAUCUCUGCAUCUUCCUCACGCCCGCGGUAGUCCCGAUCCGGCAGAACAUAGAGACCACCGACCUAGACCGCGCCAUCCUCGAGCACCAAGAAACGCUGUUCACGCAUCUAUCGCACGAGGCCCACAUCGCACAUGAACGCAAGGUGUUGAAAAUCAACCUCAACGCCUUUGUGCACCUCCUUGCCAUGGUCCGCGCCGAUCUCGAGACGCUCUGUCUCCUCCGGCCUCGGUUAUGCAGCUUCCCCGCCCCACCACCGAUUGCGUGCCCGAGAGGCUUCCCUCGCCUCCGGGAGCUCACCUUCCACGGGGCACACCUAUUCGCGCCUCCCACAAAUGGAACGCCCAUGUACCCCGCAUUGACGCGGCUGCACAUGACGUGCCAACGCAAAGACCCCAACAGGGAUUUUUCGUGGUGGGCUGCGAACGCGCCGCAGCUCGCCUGGCUCCGCAUCGACACCAUUCGAAGGUUCCCCGAGGACGAUUUUCACAUAGUGUCUGACCUCGCACGCGUCCUGGAUAAGUCCCUCCCGGAGUUCAACCUCCGUACCGGUUCUCACCACAUAUAUCCUUCAGGGCCUGAUGUAGACCGUCAUCCAUGGCGCGGCGCACACACGUCCUCUCCCUCCUGGUCCUCCCUUCAGACACUCAUGCUCAUGGUUAGGCCCCUAUUCCCUCCCGAUUACACCCCCUCCCCGCCCGUCGCAGCUGCCUACACCGCCGACGUCUCUGUACUUGAUUCCGAACUGUGUGCACUCGGCGUCCCAUGCACCGUCUUCCAGUCGCACUACGAUCUGCAAGACAUCCCCAGGCCGCGGUGGUCCUUGUUUAACGGCGAGACGGAGGAGGGCAUGCGGCUAGAUUGGCUGCUACGCAUUGGGGGCGGGAAGGGGCUUUUCACGGUGGACUUGUGGACGAGGACUCCGCAGGCGCCGACACGGACGCUGGGGAGGCUGAAGAGGCUUUGGAAGGCCGUGCGCGGAGACUAG